AUGAUUACUGUGCGCACCUUUCUUGUCGUUGCAACUGCAAAGAAUUGGGAACUCCAUCAGGUGGAUGUCCAAAAUGCUUUCUUACACGAAGUUGGAUUACUGGGUUACAAGCCAGCUAAAACUCCUCUUGAACAAAAUCACAAGCUGGCUCUUACCGAGAGUGAUGAUGUGGAUGACCCUGCUCAGUAUAGGCGUCUGAUGGGACGGCUUAUUUAUCUAACAAUAACUCAACCCGAGUUAUCUUAUUGUGUGCAUGUUCUUGCUCAGUUCAUGCAACAACCGAAGAAAGCUCAUUGGGAGGCAGCUGUUAGAGUUGUGCAUUAUUUGAAAGGAAAUCCAGGUCAGGGUAUACUACUGCAUGCCAAUUGUGAUCUCAAAUUGUCUGCUUACUGUGAUUCUGAUUGGGCUAGCUAUCCUUUGACGAGACGGUCUUUGACCGGUUAUUUUGUUCUUUUGGGUGAAUCCCCUAUCUCGUGGAAGACUAAAAAGCAACAGACAGUGUCUCGCUCAUCCGCUGAAGCUGAAUAUCGAUUUUUGAGUACUACAACUUGUGAACUUAAAUGA